CAAAGUCAAAUUUCCUAACCUAAGCACGCUUUGUGGAUAUACAAGCUGCUGUUUUAAAUAUCAAAAAUAAUAAGUUAAUACAAAAUGCCGGACUCUGAAUCAAAGAAAAGUCAGCAAAAGAAAGGAAAACAUGAUCCCAAAGAGCAAAGAAAGCCUCGCCAGCAGCGUAAUCAAGGAUCCGGUGAAAAGAAAUCUGAAAAAAGAACAGAAGAACCUAAAGUUGCCGCUCCUGAAAAACCAGCAUUUGAGGAGCCUGGGCCAGAAUUCUACAAAGGCUUAAAAAGGGAAACCGAUGACAUCCUCAAAAUAACUGAGGAUGCCAACUCUAAGUACAAGAAGAAAGAGAUUAAAAGCAACUGGUCCAAGUACGAGGUCCCGAUAGAGAGUUAUGAUGAUAUUGAGGAACAGGAGAAUUUGGGGGCCGAUUAUGAGAAACUCAUACAAGCACCCAUGUCACUUGGUCGCCAUUUCCAAUUCAAACAUGAGAAGUCCUGGGACAUUACCACAGGCCCAUCUCUGUAUGAUAAAUACUUUGACAUCACCGGAAAUGAUCUUGCCACUGCUCUCUGCACCAUACCGUUUUAUGAAAGAAAUGGCAUUGAUAAAAGUAUAUUCUCAGAGACAGAUCUACAAACCAUGGACCAUCGCACAUCUAGAUAUAAACAUAAAUACUUUAAAAUAGCUACAACUGAGUCAGAAAUUCAAGACAAACUAAUAAAUAGUUUGAAAGAAGAUUUAAAAGAACAGGAACAAAGUAAUUUAGAUGAAAAUGUUCAUGAUGAGCAAAAUUGUGAAUCAGAAGUUGAUAAAACUAAUGAAAUUAAUUUUGAAGAAUCAAAACUGCCCAAGACUGAGCCAUCUAGUAAUCAAGUAGAAAUAUUAUUCAAAAGUAAUCAAGAUGAGCAUAAAAUAGAAACAAUAGUAAAAGAUGAUAAGGGAUGCAGUGAAAUAGAUGACAUUGAUGAUAUUAUUGUUGACACAACUAAAAAUUUGAAUUUAAAUAAGAAGCUAGAAGUAACAAAGUCGAAUCCUGCUGAAAAAGUUGAAAAUAUAGCUGUACCUACUCCCACAGAACCCAAGAAAAAGCCAGUUAUUGAAUCUCCCGAGGAACUCGAAAAAUGGCUUGAUGACUUCUUAGAAGAAUAAGUAAAAAAAAUAACAAUAAUCAUCUAGGAAAUUAUUGGCUGGAUAUUGUAGAAAUGUAGGUAGACGUUAGAUCUAUCGGAGCUCUCAAGAUGCUAAAUAAUCCCAUCAUACAGUCAAACGCCCGUCCAGACGCGAUUGUCAAUUUGAUCAGAAAAAAAAUUGGCGCCAAUUUCGUCCACAAUUUCAUAGUGGAAUGCAAGCCAAUGUCCUUCAAUUUUAUUUACACCUGAUAAAAUUGUCAAUAUUGGCUCAUCCAAAAAAUUGUCCUGCCUGGAAUGGCCUUAACCCUUUAGAGGUGUGUUCAGAUAUUUAUGAGCAUUGGCCGCUUCG